AGAUUUGUGUGAUGUGUCGUUAGGUCGAAACGGUCGAGUCGAGUCGGGUCGGGUCGUGUACCUUUUGCCACGAAUGUUGUGCCAGUCAGGCUCUAAAAGGCCUUACGAGAACAGCUGAGAUUUCGCUGCUCCGCAUGACGCAAAGAUACCGAAAUUGAAAAAUUUCAAAGUCUUUAAGAUAUUAUAUCUCGUGUGUGCGCCGAGCGGGAAAUUAAUAAGCAACAUCAAAAAAAUAUUCAAAAAUUCAAAAAUAAACCAAGUGUUUUAUUAGUGAAGCCAGCUGAAAUGUUAACAGCAUAUGCAGCUUAAAAGAAAAUAUUAAAUUUAUUUUAAAAUAAAGAAAAAGAAUUAUAACGCGGCUGACAAAUAAGAAUCAAAGGAUACAAGUUAAAAGCUAGAGCCGAGGACUCUAUCGAAACCAAAGUGUGAACCGUACCAAGUGCGUACAAAGUGUAUUCCAGCAAUUAUCCCACGUGUUCCGACCCGGCCGCCAAAAUUAUUACGCACAAUUCGCUGAGCGUGUACGGCGGCGGCGUCAUGUGCGCCUCCCCGUCCACGGCUCCCGGCUUCUUCAAUCCGCGCCCGCAAUCCGGCGCGGAGCUGUCGGCCUUCGACAUCGGCCUGUCCCGCUCGAUGGGGCUGGGCGUCCCGCCGCACAGCGCCUGGCACGAGCCGCCGGCCUCCCUCGGCGGUCACCUGCACGCCGCCUCCGCCGGACCGGGCACCACCACCGGCAGCGUGGCGACAGGCGGCGGCGGUACCACUCCGAGCAGCGUGGCCAGCCAGCAGUCGGCGGUGAUCAAACAGGACCUCUCCUGCCCCAGCCUCAAUCAGGCGGGAUCCGGCCAUCAUCCUGGCAUCAAGGAGGAUCUGUCCAGCAGCCUGCCCAGCGCCAAUGGUGGAUCCGCCGGUGGCCAUCACUCCGGUUCCGGAUCGGGCUCCGGUUCGGGCGUCAAUCCCGGACACGGCUCCGACAUGCUGCCCCUGAUCAAGGGCCAUGGCCAGGACAUGCUCACCAGCAUCAAGGGACAGCCCACGGGCUGCGGCAGCACCACGCCCAGCUCCCAGGCGAAUAGCUCCCACUCGCAGAGCAGCAACAGUGGAUCCCAGAUCGACAGCAAGCAGAACAUCGAGUGCGUCGUCUGCGGCGACAAGAGUUCCGGCAAGCACUACGGACAAUUUACCUGCGAAGGUUGCAAAUCUUUCUUCAAGCGCUCGGUGCGGCGCAAUCUGACCUACUCGUGCCGCGGCAGCAGAAACUGUCCCAUAGAUCAGCAUCAUCGCAAUCAAUGUCAAUAUUGUCGAUUGAAGAAGUGCCUCAAAAUGGGCAUGAGACGCGAAGCUGUCCAACGUGGACGCGUACCACCCACUCAGCCCGGUCUGGCCGGCAUGCAUGGGCAGUACCAGAUUGCCAACGGGGAUCCCAUGGGCAUUGCCGGCUUUAACGGGCACUCGUACCUCAGUUCCUACAUCUCGCUCCUGCUGCGGGCGGAACCGUAUCCAACUUCGCGAUAUGGCCAGUGCAUGCAACCCAACAACAUUAUGGGCAUCGACAACAUCUGCGAACUGGCCGCCCGACUGCUCUUCUCGGCGGUCGAGUGGGCCAAGAACAUACCCUUCUUCCCGGAGCUGCAGGUGACCGACCAGGUGGCCCUGCUCCGGCUCGUCUGGUCAGAGCUCUUCGUCCUGAACGCCAGCCAGUGCUCCAUGCCGCUCCAUGUGGCGCCACUGUUGGCCGCCGCCGGACUUCAUGCCUCCCCGAUGGCCGCCGAUCGUGUGGUGGCCUUCAUGGACCACAUCCGCAUCUUCCAGGAGCAGGUGGAGAAGCUGAAGGCGCUGCAUGUCGACUCCGCGGAGUACUCCUGCCUCAAGGCGAUCGUGCUCUUCACCACCGGUAAGUUGCUGGACAUUCUGUACAAGGAUGUGCCGGCACUGCUCACCAAGGUUUCAGCACUGCUUGGCAAGGGUUCCACCGCAUCCAAUGAUGAUGUCCUGGCUGUGGUGCGUGACCACCUAGACGAACUGAAUCGUCAGGAGCAGGAGUCCCAUGCUCAGCAGCAGGCGCCGCUUCACCUGGCAGCCUUUAUGAAUUGCGUGGCCGGCGUUGAGGCUGCAGUGCAGCAGGCGGAACAGGCUCAGGUACCCACCUCCUCUGCCUCCACUUCCGCCUCUGCUCCCCUUGUUCCCUCCGCCGGCAGUGCGUUCAGCAGCUGUCAGGCCAAGUCCGCCGGCUCUGAGAUGGAUCUGCUAGCCAGUUUGUAUGCCCAGGCCCAGGCCACGCCCCCUAGCAGCGGCGGAGGCGAUGGCUCCGGUCACAACAACAGCAGCGGGCUGGGCGCCUCGCUUCCUACUCAAUCGCAAAGCGGUUCGUCCUCCCGCAACCUAACCGCCUCGCCGCUGAGUACUUCGCUGGCAACCGCUCCCGCUCCGGCUCCCGCUCCCGUGCCCACCUCCUCCGUGGCCCAACUCCCUGUGCCCGCUCCCGUCCCAGUGACCUCCUCCGCCUCCUCCUCCUCGCUGGGUGGUGGAGCCUAUCAGACGCCCUCGGCUGCGGCGGCGGCGGCGGCCAUGUUCCACUAUCAGACGCCACCACGCGCCGCCUUCGGUUCGGCCUUCGAUAUGUUCCACCACAGCACGCCCUUCGGAGUGGGGGUGGGCCACGCCCACGCCAUUGCCCACUCGAGCGGCAGCGGCAGCGCGUCCUUCGGCAGUCCCAGUUACAGGUAUUCGCCCUAUAGCCUGGCCGGUAGUAGAUGGCAGUUGUAGGAUCUCACAGAAAUCGCAGCCCCUGUAUUGUAAAUGUACUUGUAUCUAUAUCGAUAGCGUUAGGUAGACCUAAACCCUCUGUAAAUGUACUUACAUUAGUGCCUAUGGCUAGUUUCUAUCUAUUUAUUGCCUUAAACUAAGCAUAAUUUAUUCUAGUGGUAAUUACAUAGAUUCAAUUAGUGAACUUUUGCCAAAAAAUUUGAUGAAACAAAGACUCUAAGAUGAGGGAGGAGAAAAAAAGAAUCUUAAGAAUAUAUAUAAAGCUGUUGCUGUUAAACAAAAAUCUAAUCCUGGCUUGUGUUUUUACUCGUUUAUGCUUACUAAUGCUUUACACCGCUUGUUGACUAAUUUUUAGUUUAUUUAUUUAUUUGUUUAUUACUUAUUACAAUUGGCUUACUAACAAAUACCUUACUAACCCAAACUAACUUAUGAACUGAUAAAUGCUUCAUCUUUAAAGAUACAAAUCUUUCCAAGUGAGAUCCUACUAGCAGUUGUUAAAAACAAACUAUUGCUUUGUUGAUUAAAUUGGAUCUAUCGUUGAUCACAAUAAAUAAGUAUAAAAACAUUAUUUAGAAGAUGUAAAUUUGGAUUCGUAUAAUCUGAGUGCUUUGAAAAAUAUUUAUACUUUUGCUUUGCAAUGAUCAAUUUGUUUAAACUUUGUAACGAAAUUAAACAACUUCAUCAUUGCUUUUCAGUACCAUAAUGUAAAAUCUGUAAACUUUGAUAGAUUGGUUUAUAUUUCUUAAAUUUAAAAGAAAUUUAAUCCACUAUAUCGUAAAUCCGCUUAUAGUUUGAAUAUCUUGUACUUUGGAAACUAUUUUACCAAAAAGUUUGAACUGUGAUAAUAUAGUUUCACAUUAUUUAACUUAUUUAAAUGAAAGUUUAAAUCAAAUUCAAUCAAGAUCCUUAGAUUCUUAAAAUGAUGAACCAGUUCUGAUUAAGUUUUUAAGGUGCAUUUCUAACCCAAGGUAUUGGAAACUCUAUUUAUUUCAGCUCGUUGGAAAACUUUUAAUUUUGUUGAAUUCAUUUUGUUCAUAAUUUCAGCAAAUUUAUCAGUUUUCCGUUUCAUAAACCAUCCAUUUAUUUAACACUAAUCUUCUCACAUUUUUAUUUCAUUUUUUAACAAAGCUAUUCACACAAAAACAAACAAAAUUUAAUCUCAUCCGCACGUGGCAACAAAACUCUGGACUUUGGGAUUAUACACACACUGAAACACAUGCACAUCUAAAACAUGCACACACGUAUUCAAAUAAAUCACACCAGCUUAUAUGCGAAUAAUUUAAAUAUUUUUAAAGCCUUAAACCUUAUACAUACUUAUUUUUAGACAAUUAGGUUCCACGCGAAAUAAAUCACUGAAGUUUUCGUAUGCAAAUAGAGUGAACUGAGCUUUUCUUUGACUUUAGCCUAAGCUAAGUUUGCAAUUAAGCGUAAGUUAGCGAUUUUAAGAUCAGCUUAGUUAUGGGUAGGGAAAAACUGAGAUUUUGAUUUAGUACCCCCAUGGCCAGCGAAAACUGAGAUUAUGAUUUAGUAACCCCCCCCUCAUUCCGUGUCGUGUCAAGCAGCUGUCCAAAUUCACGUCGCAAUUGUUUUUCCGCUGAUCUGAACUCAACUUGGCUUGAAGAUAUCCCAAAUCCCCUCCUGCUCUUUGUGGCGACGUUUAUUGACGUCGAGAUACCACAUUAUGAACAUUAAUACAACACUCGUUUAUGUCGCUUACUUACAAGCCCAAGUCAAUGGACCAAUGGACCAAGUCCAGGCCUUGGCCAAACUUGCAAUGAAAAUAAUUUUACCAUUUCCAAAACGCUGUGUGUGUCGCUUGGCCUCACUACACUGAACGAAAUAGUUUGAUUUGAUUAGGAUUAUAUAAAACUUUGACUUAUGUCCAAAGGCAUAUUGUUAAUGUGAUUGUUGUUGAUGAAGCUAUUAAUGGCUUCAGUUCUCCUUCACACCUUAUAAAAUGUCGAAUAUUAUUCAAGCUUGUUGCAUUGAAGCUAUAAGCUUUUUCUCAGUGCACGGCGCGAUCAGCUUAGCCCCACUCUUGAGGGGGCGUGUGUGGCGUGGAGUUCGUGGUCUCGCUGGCUGAGACCCUGGACCGACUGGCAAGCUGCAAUUGCAUUUGAAUUGGCUGCAUGAGUCCAUAAACUGCAGCCGAUCAAUCGCUGCGCAGCCCAUACCCAUACCCAUCCCCAUGCCCAUACCCAUGGUCUCCAGCUCGAAGAUUGUGGGAGACGAGACACGAUCGCGGUAGUAAAAUACCGGGUAUAGACUUACUAGAUCUUCUGCAGCGCAUUGACGACAUGUCUGCUCCUCUGGCUGCUUCGUUGGCUGGCAAAGUUACCUGGCUGGGACCACCUCACCACCUUGCCGCCUGGCCAUGGUGCAUCUUCCUCCAGCUCCAGCUCUAGCUGCAGCUGCACCCCGCUCCAGUCCCUCCCCCUCUGAUUGCUGUCGUUUGUUGCAGUUGUUAAGAGUUGUAGCUUUCAUGUCUUGGCCACACUUUUUGACCAACAUUCUGUGUGUGUUUUUCGCCUGGCCUGAAGCAGCAGUCUCGGCUCGAAGCAGCAACGCUCAAAUCGUUUUGUGGCGCUCAUUGAUCGCCUGCGCUACUUUUCCCCUGAAAAUUGCCAGCGACGUGCCCCGAAGCCUGAGACUCUGGCAAUUAACAGUAACUUUUGGGCAGGGGCAGACUUGAGUUGAUUAGAAUCAUUAAGGGCGCGUUUCGAUAUUAGGUUUGGGUUUUCCCUUUUGCCAGUCUUUCGGAGGAGUCACUGUUUGCUCAAGAUUUAGAUGCAGUCGAUAGAGCGGAACUCCUUUUCCACAGUUGACCCCACACGACCCGAUCCUUAUUAAAACUAAAUAAAGUUAUAACUGUUUCUGGCGGUCGCGGCACGACCUGCUGCCCGGCCAGAACUGGAGCCAUAAAGAACACAAAUCUAAUAAAAUAUAAUGCAGCAAUUCAUAAUUUUGUUAAACAGUUUAGCCCCCCAACUCCUGUUGCUCCUUUUUCGAUAUGUCUGCUGUUGGUUGGUUGGGCAACCAACUACUUUACGGUCAUUAUGCAUUUAAAACACGCGGUCACGAUCUCUCCCUCGCUGAGUUAGUAACUGCGACGACCCAAAACCGACCGAAUACUGAAAACUGAAUACUGAAUACUGAAAGCCGAAAACUGAAAACUGAAAAGCAAACACACAAAUACAAAUCGAAGCCAAGCUCGUCGUAGGGUACAUAACUACAAGCCAAAAACAGUUAACAAAAGCCAGAGUCAAAGCCAAAAAAUCAAAACCCAGAGACGAGGCUAACCCCUCGAGAAAGCUCCGAUCUGGGCUGGUGCUUCCCCAGAGUGGAGCCCGACCUGGAUGUGGAAUGUCUU